AUGGAGCCAGGCGACCUGCGAGAGAGCCCCGCCGGGUCCGGGGAGUCAGACGUGGGGGACUGGAGGGAGGGUAUUCCCGGCGGGGAUGAAGAGGUCAAAACUGCAGAAAGCGAUGGAAAGACUAUAGAAAUGGCUCUCCGAGACAUUUGCGAGGAAGGAGGGAGUGACAAACAGAAAAGCCCCGGAGAGCAAUUGCACAGUCCAUAUGAAGAGGAGCUGGACCCCAGGAUUCAGGAGGAGCUGGAGCAUCUCAAUGAAGCCAGUGCAGAAAUCAACAGGCUAGAACUGCAGCUGGAUGAUGCCAGAUCGGGGUACCGGAAGAUCCUCACAGAGUCUGCCCGAAAGCUGAACGCUCAGAGCUCUCAGCUCGGCAGCUGCAUAGAAAAAGCAAGGCCUUAUUAUGAAGCUCGACGCCUUGCCAAAGAGGCACAGCAGGAGACUCAGAAGGCAGCUUUGAGCUACGAGAGAGCAGUUUCUAUGCACACGGCUGCCAGGGAGAUGGUCUAUGUGGCUGAGCAGGGCCUGCUGGCUGAUGGCAAGAACACCCUGGAUCCCACCUGGCAGGAGAUGCUCAACCAUGCUACCGCCAAGGUGAACGAAGCAGAGGAAGAGCGACUCCGCAGUGAGAGGGAGCACAUGCGUGUCACACACGCCUGUCAGGAGGCGGAGGCGCGGGUGCAGAUGCUGCAGAAGUCCCUCAAGAGAGUCAUCAUCAAGUCCAAACCUUACUUUGAGCUCAAGGCCCAGUUCAACCACAUACUGGAGGAGCAUAAGGCCAAAGUGCUGCAACUGGAGCAGCAGGUAGCCAAAGUGAAGACCCGCUAUUCAAUCGCCCUGCGGAACUUGGAGCAAAUCAGCGAGCAGAUCCAUGCUCAGAGAGGGCGGGACCCGGGUGAGGGGGGAGGACGCCCUUCUGUCUGUGCCGGGCGGAGCCCCCCAGUUGGAGCAGAGUCUGACAUCAAAGUUCAGGUCGAAGGUGGAGCCUGCGGCGGCGGUGCUGUUGGAAGAGAUGGAGUGGACGCGUCCAUCGACCUGGUGGAGAAAUACAGGGAGAAGGAACAUGAAAAGGAGAGGGAGCGAGCCGGCUCGGAUUCCCUUUCGGUCUUCAGCCUGCAGACCAUCGCUUCUGACUUGGAGAAAUACGACUCUGUGGAGCACCUCGGGGACCUCAGCGAUGUGGGGAGCAUCACUGGGGAUGAAGGCGAGAAAGCGGGAGUGAUCAGUAAGAGAGACAAGCUGGUGGAAACGAGCGCCAAAGAGCGGCAGCAGCAGUUCUACAAGCAGCACCACCGAAGCUUCAGUUUGUGAGGCUGUGAUAGAAACCGCUGCAGUAAACAAUGCAAAAAUCCAAAUUCACAUUAGCGUAAACUUCCCUCAUUAAAAGGUACCAAACACGAGUGUGAGCCAGGGAAAAAGAAGGAAAGCUGGAGUGAUGGGUGUAAAUAAGCACACGCACAUUAUUCUAAAGCUGAACACAGUUAACAAUGCAGCCUAGUUCGAACACUACAGGAUCUACAGAGCUUACAUCCCUGCAGGACACAGACUCAGUAUAUUUACUCCCUCUGAAGGAUUCUGGGUAGAAUUUGUUCCUUGAGCAUGAAGGAGCAGCUAAGAAAGAUGAAAAGGCUUGUUUGAACAGACGUAUUUAAAAAGGCAUCAUUUUUUGCUUUCCCAGGCGAAUUGUUGAUCUAACUUGGUGAGACUGGUAAACCCCCCCCAUCAUUGUCGUCCUCCAUUGUUUCCUCUCCAGUCGAGUUGAGUCUCAUCAGCGUUUGCUUCAAGGUAGAAGGUCGCAGGGCCCCCGAGAUCCCCGCCCCCUCAUCGAGUAGGGAAGAAUGACAAAAACGUUUCUCUGUUGCUGCAGAGCGGAAGCAUGUUUGAACUCGUGUUUCAUAUAUUUAUUUCCUGUAACAUGCUGCAAGGUGUGCUUUUUUUCUGUUUUUAAGAAGAGAGAAUGCGUUUUUUGAAAAUUCCUGAGAUGAGUAUAAAGACAGCAUGCGCUCCAGCUCCGAGUGUUUCCGAUGCUGAAACAGAUACUGACACAAUCAGCCUUAUUGCUUUGAUUUUCUAUGUCGUGACACUGUAGUCUUAUGAUCCACAUUAUUUGGAUAUUGUUUACAUAAUUAUUUGUGCUCUCGGUGUAAUUUGAAUUGUGCCUUGACACAGAAGAAGUUUAGCUUGAGUAGUUUGGAACCAUUUAAAUCUGAAGUGAGCACCCUUCUUAUGAUUGAAAAAGAUUUUAACAGGCUGACUCACCGUUUUUGAUGACUUUAUUUUUUUUGUUCUUUUAUGAUUGUAUUUUGUCAAAGAAGCAAAACAGUGAAGUCAGAAAAAUGACUUGUAAAUGUGUGUAAUUAUUACAAAGCUGGAAAAUACUGACGUGUACAGAUGUUGACUUUUUGCUGUACAGAUGUUCUGGAUAUUGCAGACAUAUUUAAAGCCUCAUUAUUGUCACAGUUUAUCUGAAAUGCCUCACUUUUCACUGCUGCUGUCCUAACAGUUAUUCUUCACCCUCUCAGUUGCAUUUGUGAAUUAGUCAGGAUUGCAUUGUCACACCUGUAAUCAAUAAAACCAGAUCAUUCUGCUUGUUA